AUGGCGCGCGCAGGACACUCAGGCACAAUAGUAGGCUCGGCGGUAGUAAUUCGCGAGAAAUACUACUGGCCAGACCUACAACUCAACAUCUGGACAAUCGUUAUGCUCGCGACAGCAGGGACAAUACUAGGGGUGAACGCGCAGUUCAUGGACCAACAGAACCGGAUGGGGUUGGGUACACCAUGGAUCAUGCCAUACGGCGUCACCGUCGGCGCCCUCGCCAUCAUCUUCAUCAUCAUCGAAAUCGUCUUCAUCGCGCAACGGAAACUGCUACCAGGCCUCAUGAUGCUACUCUCGUUCAUCCUACUCGUCCUUUUCAUCGCCGGUAUCAUCGGCACCGCGAUACAGCUCUUCGCGGGGCCGAAUAUCAAUAAUCAAUGCAACACGUACGUGUUCAACGAUAGCACAAACGGGCCAUACUUGGACACGCUGGCCUACCUGCAGCAGAGGAAUAUCUGUCAAUGUUGGCAAGCAGAAUUCGCUUUCUGGAUCAUAGGCAGCGUCUUCCUCGUCUGGAUGAUGGUCAUGGCGAGUCAAGUCAACUCGAACCAGUACGGGGCGUGA